AUGUCAGCCGCGUCUGGCUCCCACCCUGGGGCCGCGAAUGCGACCUCGCCCCCGAGCAAACGAGAUCUGCGAUCUUGGUGGAAAGGCUUCAAGCUGCCGUCGAAGCACCAGGAAUCUCAGGGUACGAUUCACUCCAGUCGCGCAUCCCAAGUUCCACACAGAACACAGCAGCCAGUCUUCAGUGAAGACGUCCAAGGCCGAGUCGACACCGCCCUGCACCCGCUAGCUCAUGUUUUGCAGAUGCAGGAUGCCCAUGGCACGGCGAAAGCCUCUGUUGUUUCUAGUGAAACGACAGCUGUUGGCCAUAUGGAUCCUGCACCUGCCGACAAAGUCUCCGACCCCUCCCCGUUCUUCUUUCACCGUCGUCUACACGCUGCACCCCCAGCCCACGCAAUUCCAACAGCCAAGACCAAGACUAAAGAAGCUUCUGCAGAUACCCGAUCCCCCGGCAUCUUUGGCGUGCCCCUCCGACAGAGUAUCACCUACGCAAAUGUCGCCAUUUCCCUGAUCGACGAGAAUGGACAAAGCUACAUUUACGGCUAUGUUCCCAUUGUAGUAGCCAAGUGUGGUGUAUACCUGAAGGAAAAGGCAACCGGCAUCGAGGGCAUCUUUCGUCUCAGCGGCUCGGAGAAGCGCAUCAAGGAGCUGAAGACCAUAUUCGACUCACCAGAUCGAUACGGCAAGGGCUUGGACUGGGACGGCUACACCGUGCACGAUGCUGCAAACGUCCUGCGGCGAUACCUCAACGACCUGCCCGAGCCUGUUGUGCCUCUAGAUCUCUACGAAAAGUUCCGGGAACCCUUGAAAGGCGCUACGAAACAAGCUGUCGGCGACGCAGAGGGACCACAGCUCAUCGAUAAUUUCGACGAGCAAGGUGCCAUCAUUAAAUACCAGCAACUCAUCACCGAGCUACCUCCGUUGAAUCGUCAGCUACUGCUGUACAUUCUAGAUUUGCUCGCCGUCUUUGCUGCCAAGUCAGACGAGAAUAGGAUGAACUCCCAGAAUCUCGCCGCCAUUUUCCAACCUGGCAUGCUGUCUCAUCCUGACCACGCUAUGGCCCCUGAGGAAUACCGACUUAAUCAAUGUGUCAUUAUCUUCCUGAUUGAGAACCAGGAUCAUUUCUUGAUCGGCAUGCAAGGAACCGCGACGGAUGAGAAGACGAAGCAGGAGAUUGAAAAAGGCACACCGCCGAUUAGUGGCCCGACGACGCCUACGCCCAACAGACGAUCGACCCUCGGCCGUUCUGCGUCGAACGCAAGCGCUGGCGCCGAUAGCGUUCGAAGAGACGGAAAGCUCCGGCGUCAUCAGUCUACAUCCUCGCGCCAUUCACGGCACGAUGGAGCCGUCACGCCUAACAGUCCUGGCUUGGUUGCUACUCCUUCGAGCGGUCUUGGUAGAAGCAACACCGUGCCAUCGAAAAAGUCACCGCACCUGCCCGCUGGCAGAUUCCGCAAAGACAACAUUUCGCCCCUCACAUCACCCACAGGCCCAGCCUUGACAGAACACAUAACGCCAGCAACGCCAAAUGAGCAGCCAAGCCCGUCCAGGUCGACUGCCCCAUCCAGUCUUGCACCACCAAUGGGUGCGGCCACCCUCGCACCUGGGUCUGUGAGCGGCGCAGGCAGAAGUCAAGAAAGGCUCCUCGAACUGCCUCAAGAAGGAACUCCCACUAGGGAAAGAAACUUGCAGAGCAUCUUCCAAAGGUCGCCCUCGGGCGAGACCGAGCGCAGGCAACCGAACAAGCUGAAGAAGAAGAGGAUACCAGGCAGUGUGAACCCUAGUGCGGCAAGCUCUACCACCUCUCUCCAGGGAGCGCACUCGGCGGCCCCGUCACCGAGCGUCGAGGCCAGCAAUCCCAUGGACAAUGCUCCAUUCACCAUCCCCGAGAAUAGCCCACCACCUGCCCCGGCGCCGGUGGCCGCUGAAGCCCAAGCAUCGGAAUUGACAGCUCGUGGUUCCCACGCCCCGCACCACACUUCGCAUUACCCCGAAACUAAUCUCAAAGCAAGCAAAUCGCCGCCAGCCUCUCUUCACUCCUCCUUCAACGAAGGCUCGGACAUGGAUCAACUGGAUGAACCUGCGAGCAUUUCAACGGCAGAGGCAGCCGAUAGCAUCAAGGAGAAGAAACGGCGAUGGAGGCUGUCCCGGAGCAGGAAAGAUGAUUCCGGACCUUCGCCUCCAGGAGUGACCUCGCCGCGGCUAGGCUUGGGCUCUAAUGACCGUGCCGAGAGGAGCGCGACGUCCAUCGGCAGCUCCAGCAACAGACCACGAAAGAGCUUCACGGCAGAGGGCACCGACGUCUCGUCUGGUCCAGAAGUCUUCAGCCUGGAUUCACUCAACCAGGAGAGGGACGCGCAAGACAGUGGGCGAGACGAGCCCAAGGGGCCGAUUGGCUGGAUUCGAAACAAGUAUCGGGAGGCCAAGGAGAACGCUGAACAAAGGAGGAAUAAGUCCCCUCCCGCGGAUACGCGGCAACCCGGUGGACUGAGUGCCGCCAUACUACCGAGUCGAGGGAAGAGUCUGGAUAUCCGAAGAGAAGAGCCGCGAUCUACACCAAGCCAGUCGGUUCCACAAGCUCCUCUGCAGCCCGCAACGACACCACAAUCGACGACCCAGUCUCAGCCGCAGCCGGUAACUCAACAAGCGACUUUUCCACAGUCAAUGUCCCAGCACCCGGUAGCUCAACAAGCGACUCUUCCACAGUCGAUGUCCCAGCACCCGGCUCCUCAGCCGCCUGUCACUCAGCAGCCAGCGUCAGCUCCGUCGCAGCCGCCGGUCGACCAGCAGCAACCGAUGCCAGUCCAACAGCCGGCCCAACAGCCGGCCCAACAACCAGUGCAACAACCAGUGCAACCACCCGCGGAACAGCCAACAGAGCCGGCCCAGCCGCAAGCACAGCCGCAGCCCCCGGUCCAGCAACAGCCGUCAAUUUCCACAACUCCGUUCCCUGUGACUUUGCCAACAACGGUCGAAGAGCCUGAGGAGGGCACCAAGUAG